AUGGCGAGCAGCCGCCGCGCACGCCCAUCGGCCCGCUCUAGCUACAGACCAUCUCAUCCUCAGUAUGAUUCCUACCGCCCACGACGAGAUCAACCCCGCGAGACAAACCGUGUCGAUCGAGAUUCGACUCGAGACAAGCCCAGAGACGCUUCCAAACGACACACUUCGCCGAGUUUGCCACCUGUCCGGUCUGCAGUCUCGAAAACAAAACAUGAGCGAACCACGAACCCUUCCACAAGAAUACACUCUCUGCGCAGGUUGUUGUCAUCACAAGAGCUGCCUGGAACCGUGCGACAAGAGAAGGAGCGUGAACUGUCUGCUUUGCUCUUCGACCAGAAAAAGGCUCGGCUCGCACAGGAUGGUCGGAAGAACCUACAACGCUAUCACUUUGUCCGCUUCAUGGAGCGAAAGAAGGCGGAAAGAGCAAUGAAGAAAUUGCUUAAGGAGAGAGACUCCGAGCAGUACAAUGAACCCGCCUACAAAAGUGAAAUCGACAAGAUGAUACACGUUACCGAAGUGGACAUUAAUUACACCAAGUAUGCACCUUUGGGAGAGAAGUACAUAAGCUUGUUUGUUGUGGGGGAAAAUGACAAAAAGAAGAAUAAGCCCGAGAUCAACAGGUCGGAUCUGGGCAGACUCGAGAAGGAUCAUCAGGAUGAGAUUGAUCAAUUCGCCGACCAACUGAGCAAUGUCGUCCGAUCUGCAACUGGUGCUAAACCACCCAUGUGGUAUGAGGUCGAGAAGCUGAUGGAAGAAGGAGAGGCUAAGCUGGAAGCUCUACGCGAAGGCAAGCUGACCACUGGCAACCGGCUCCAGAACGCGCUUACCUCGCUUGGUGGAAAGGAAGAGGCCGAAAUGCGCAGCGCAACUGGAAACCAACUGGAGGAGACGAGACCCUCAUGGCUCGAUGACGAUGGCAUCAUCGAUCCGGCGGAUCUGGACAGUGACCAAGAUGAUGAAAUGGGCGAUGGUGGCUUCUUUGAACGUUGA